AUGCGGCCUCAUAUUAAAGCUUUAAAUGUCGAAAACCCAGAGCAACGAUUUCCUAGAAGGGGUGAUGACCCUGGUCCGGAUAUAGCUACUUGGAGAUGUAACUUGGCUGCACUCUCACAACGUCGGAACUUACUAUUCGUGGCUCAUGGUUGUGAUAUAUACGUAUGGAUCCCGAAAGGCUCCCGGCAGCUACUUGGGGCUCAACCAGAAAUGAUCAUACAUCCAGUGAUGAAGCAGCCUGGAGCUGCUGGCUACAUUGAUCCGUCGGCACCUCAUACAAUAAACCAUAUCAUUGUGGAUGAUUUGGGAGUUGAUGAAGUUUUGCUACUGGCGACGGACUCUGGCAACGUCACUGGCUACAAUGUUGAGGCUAUCUUUUCAGAGCUUAGUCAGUGCGCAGAACUUGGACAGAAAAAGCCAUUCGAUGGGAUUGGAGUCAAACCUUUCUUUGCUGAAUAUGUUCUGAAGAGCGCCUGGGGUUUGGCAACCCACAAAUUUGCUCGUUUGAUUGCCGUAAGUUCAAACACCGGCAAUAUCACGGUGUUUGCUUUCGCCAUGGUGGACCUUGCGUCAGAGCAUGCAGACAGUGAUGUAGAUUCCACACAGAAUAUGGAAUCUGGAGAUCCAACAGGAGAAGAGCAGACGUGGGUGAAAGUCAACAGAUUGGAUCACCUCAAUGAGAUCAAACAACAAAUGCCCAAUCAUCGUAAACGCAACUUACGAUUAAGCUACAAAGGCCAUUUCGAAAAUAUCCCUUGUGUUUCGUUUGCCAACUUCGAUUUGGACCCGAAUGGCUUGUGGAUGGUCAGCACUGACAUCUUCAACAGGGUCGUUGUAUGGCGAAUCUGGGAUAACUUAAACCCCAUCCAGAUGACCUACCUCGGGAAUCCGCACAACAACCCUCCACAAAGAGGAUGGUUUGUCUUGCCCAUAGACCCACGCAGGGUUCAACGACACAAGCUUAAGAUUGACGCAUGUGGAUGCCAACCAAUACCAAAACUGAUGCGGAACCGGAUGAUACUCAAUGUCACGACGGCAAUGGACCAGGCCAGCGAAAUCUCAACCGCCGUUGCCCUUCGGCUGUCCAAGUCUUCAAUGACUCAUAAACCCCUUCCCGACGAUAUUUUUUCAUCUGAUUGCUGUGUCGGGCCCGGCUCUCCAUCUCAACAUUCAGGCCCACAGCAAGAUCCACUACAAGAUAUUGGACACACAAAAAACAAACUCGACAACGCUGCGCCCCAUACCUGGUUUAGUGCCACAUCUGCUAUUACCGAUUUGAUUGAAGAAGACAAUAAAAGCUCUGACGUCCAUUCAUUCGAACUUCUUGUGCCACCAGUUCUCGAGGAGAAUGAUCUAAGUACCCUCGGGCGCAUCGCUGUUCAUCCAUCUAAACCUCGAUUUUUUCCAAUUCUACAUUUCUCUGAGCGUGAUAUUUGUCUGGCUCCAUAUCCACUUGAUACUGAGUUUCAAACACUCUGCAAAGGCCCUCUUUGGCAACGCUCCUACAUGAACGAAGAGAUCAAUGGUGCCUGUGAUCGCUUUAAUAUGGUUAAGUAUAUCCCCGAGCUUGGAAUUGUUGCCGCUGCAUCUCAGAAGGGCCGUGUUGCUAUCAUCACCAUUACCUGGCAGGAGGAAAUUGGUACUUCUUUCCGCCUGGAUUGGAUUGUCCCUUCCUUUACACAGGAGAUGGCCGAUGAGCGACCUAUAGUUCCUCUUCUUGGCAUUGCUGUGAGCCCUAUGCCAGGGUUCGAUAUCCCGCCAGAUGUACCCUGUAUUCCUCGGGAUGUUGACCCGGACGAAUGGCUCGAAUUCAACUACCGCAUACUGAACCCUGAUAACGAUGAUCAGUCAGACAAAGAGCCACAUUCCGACGAGGAAGCUUCCUUCACCGGGUCUACACCUGCUGGCCAGGAUGACCCUAUGCAACAACGAGGGUCCAAAACGAUCCGUCAUGCAAGGAAUACGCCCUAUGGUCUCAAAAACCUCACACUUCCAGAAAUCCAUGCCCACGCUUCGGAUGUCUACUAUCCCUAUGAGACAUGGCAUGGAUCACACCCAUCCCGACAUUACAGGCUCCUUCUGAUGUACUGCAACCAUACUGUCAUGAGCUACGAGUUCUGGCAUCAUUGGAGGAAAUAA